AUUCAUUCACAGGACUCAUAAACAUACUGACGGACAUAAUUUGGCGCUACACUGGAGAUUUCAUGGCUCCUGAUAUCAUCUGCAGAGUCGUUCGCUACUUCCAGGUAGUCCUUCUAUAUGCCUCGACUUACGUCCUCGUAUCACUAAGCAUAGACCGGUAUCAUGCCAUAGUUUACCCAAUGAAGUUCUUGCAAGGAGAAAAACAGGCCAAAGUUCUGAUUGGAGUGGCCUGGAGCCUUUCUUUCCUGUUCUCCAUACCGACUCUGAUUAUUUUUGGGAAAAGGCAGCUCUCCAAUGGGGAAGUACAGUGCUGGGCUCUUUGGCCUGAUGACUCGUACUGGAUACCCUACAUGACAGUGGUGGCUUUCCUGGUGUAUUUCAUUCCUCUGAUCAUUAUCAGCAUCAUAUACUCAAUCGUGAUUCGAACUAUCUGGAUGAAGAGCAAAGCUCAGGCUGUCAUCAUAUCCAGCUGCCCUGGUGGCAAGACCUCUGCUGGUUACACCUGUCGCGGGUUCAUAUCCAGGGCGAAAGUGAAAGCCAUCAAGUACAGCAUCGUAAUUAUCCUUGCAUUUGUUCUCUGUUGGAGCCCUUACUUUCUAUUUGACAUCCUGGACAACUUUAACAUACUUCCCGAGACCAAAGAGCGCUUCUACGCAUCUGUGAUCAUUCAGAACCUGCCAGCCUUGAACAGUGCCAUCAACCCCCUCAUCUACUGCCUCUUCAGCAACCGCCUCUGCCCUCCUUUCAAGGAAAGAAGAACACGAAGGCUGGAGGGAACUUUCCGGGACAGGAGUGAUGGAGGGCUGGAGAUGCAGGUACUGUCCAAACCAGAAGACAUCUAG